AGAGAGAAGAAGAGAAGAGAAAAGAAGAAAGGAGAAAAGAAGAAAGAAAGAGAGAAUGAGAGAGAGAAGAGAUAAGAAAAGAAGAAGAAGAGAGAGAAGAGAAGAGAGAGGAAGGAGAGAGAAGAAGAGAGAGAAGAAGAGAGAGAGAAAAGAAGAAAGAGAGAAAAGAGAGAAGAAGCUAGGGAGGGAGAGAGAGAGAAGGAAGAGAGAGAAAGAAAGAAGAUAGAAGGAGAGAAGAGGAAGAGAAAGGAAAGAGAGAAAGAGAGAGAAGAAAGAAAGAGAGAGAAAGAAAGAGGAGAGAGAGAGAAAAAAAAGAAGAAGGAGAAGAGAAAGAAGAGACGAAGAAAGAAGAGAAGUAGAAAAAGAGAGAGAGAUGAUUCUGCCUCUAGCCUUGACGCAAUCAAAGGUUACAAAAGUAGAAGCCAGUAUGGCCAAGAAAUUAGAAAAAUCCUCCUCAGUCUUCUACCAUCAGAAAGGCCAUGCCUCAAGUGGGUUCCGGCUCACGUGGGCAUUAAAGGCAAUGAGGAAGCAGACACCUUGGCAAAAGAAGCGGCAAAGGAGGUCUCAAGAACAGAACUGCCAGAUAAAUUACCUAGGUCUCAUCUCAAAAAGAUCACUCUAAAACGACUGAUAGACAGAUGGCAAGCCAGAUGGGACACAGUAGAUACAGGAAGGAGAACGUAUAUGUUCUUCCCCAAAACAACGCUAGAGUUAAACUGCAAUAGUGGUAGUCACAGUUUUAUACAGGUCAUGGCCCAUUCCUGA